AUGUCCUUAAUAAGAAGUUGUUCAAAAAUAGCUCGUAUACCUAGAGUAUCACAAGUAAUUGUUCCAUCUUUAGUUAGAUUCAACAGUACUACAAAACCAUCACAACAUCAACAACAAAAAUCAUUAUUAGCUGAAAUCUAUCCAGUCAACAAAGACACAAUCACUGAUGAAGAUUUGGAUAAAUGGGUUGAUGCUGUGCAACAAUUAAAAGGAGGUAAAGGUAUUCAUGAAACUCCUGAAGAAAUUUACUUGGGACAAUUAUCCCAACCAGAACAAUUUUUAAAGAAGACCUUUGAACCUACCGUGGAACAAAUCGCAGAAGCCCAAAAAUACACUGAUAAACAAAUUCCUUUAAGAUCUGAUCCUACUGUUGAUAACUUGACUAAUCUUAUUAUGAGACAUGGUAAAAAGGCCAAAGCACAAAAAAUCGUUAGUCGUGCAUUUUACAUUAUUCAGUUGAAAUUAAGACAAGAUCCGAUCGAAGUAUGGAAAGAAACAUUAGACAAGUUGGGUCCUUUGGUUAAUACCAAAACUGUCUCCACUGGUGUUGCUAAAAAGAGAAUUGUCCCAAUCCCAUUAAACGAAAAACAAAGAAAUAGAUUUGCUAUUAAAUGGAUAUUGGAAGCUUCUAACAAUAAAAAAUCCAACGAUUUUGCUGUGAGAUUAGCAGAAGAAAUAAUAAAUGCUUACCAAGGUAAAUCAAGUGGAUAUGAUAAGAAAGCACAAAUGCAUAGACAAGCAACUCAACAAAGAGCUUAUAUUUCACUUUAG